UGAAAUCUAGGGUUUUGUAAUACAAAAUUGGAAAUGGUGCAGCAACAACAUCAGGAACAAAACAAGAAGCAGGCCAGAUGAAAUUUUGAUCAAGAAGAAUGAAAAUUGCACUCCAAAAGAAGAAUGGAUGGAGAAUCAUUGAAUGGCUUCAUUCUCCCAAUCGAACAUCGAAGUUUCCUCUGUAACCUUAGGCUUCCCUCUACCAACUAAUCACUGAGUUCUGCCAUUGUUGCUGCAGUGGUGCUUCGAUUUUCCCCAUGUUCAGGCGAUUUUUCACCUUCGAGUGCUCUCCAGAUCAUUAGGAAUCAGGGUUUUUAGUCUGUAUUUUAAGUCGUACUCGGAUGGUUGAUACUUCACUGUUCAUGGACAUGAUAUAGCAGGAGGCCUGUUCAACCAAAUGCAUAAGAAUAAAACAAACUUGAAAAUUGGAGGCAGCUAUCUUGUGAACUAGCAUUACAAGUGUCCAAACCAUUUUAAUUUUAAGUAUUGUGAUACAAAUUGAUUUUAAUAUGGGUAGUAAAACUCUGCUCAAGUGGCCAAAGCAAAUCACAAAUUCCCUAGUUGUGCAGUUAAUUAAAGCAGAAAAGGACGUGCACAAAGCUGUUACUAUAUUUGAUUCUGCAACUGCUGAAUAUAUUAAUGGGUUUCGUCAUGAUCAUGAAACUUUUGGUCUCAUGAUCUCCAGGUUAGUUGCAGUGAAUCAGUUUAGAACAGCAGAAGGGAUGCUGGAGAGAAUGAAGCAAGAAGAUUGUAAGGUUACAGAGGAUAUACUUUUAACUAUAUCCAGGGGUUAUGGACGUGUGCACAGGCCACUUGAUGCCAUCAGGGUUUUCCACAAGAUGGAAGGUUUUCAGCUUAGACCCACUCAAAAGGCUUACCUUACAAUACUAGAUAUUCUUGUGGAGGAAAACCAUGUAAAGAGGGCUAUUGGUUUCUACAGGGAGAUGAGAGAAAUGGGUUUUCCACCUACUGUUGUUUCCAUCAAUAUUUUGAUCAAGGCCCUCUGCAAAAACAAGGAGACUGUUGAUUCUGCCUUACGGAUAUUUCAGGAGAUGCCCAACCGUGGGUGCCAACCUGAUUCAUAUACUUAUGGUACAUUGAUUAAUGGGAUGUGUAGACUUGGAAAUAUCGAUGAGGCAAAGGAACUAUUCAAAGAGAUGGAGCAGAAAGGUUUCUCUGCUUCUGUUGUUACUUAUACUAGUUUGAUACAUGGCUUGUGUCAAUCUAAUAAUUUAGAUGAAGCAAUUGGAUUGCUUGAAGAAAUGAAAAGAAAUGAUAUUGAACCAAAUGUUUUUACUUAUAGUUCUCUUAUAGAUGGUUUGUGCAAAGGUGGCCAUUCAUCACAAGCAAUGGAGCUAUUAGAAGUGAUGACGAGAAAGAACCAUUUACCCAACAUGGUUACUUAUAGUUCUUUAAUCAGUGGACUGUGUAAAGAAGGAAAGCUUUGUGAGUCUGUGCAGAUUCUUGACAGGAUGAGAAUUCAAGGUUUGAAACCAAGUGCAGGGUUGUAUGGAAAAGUCAUAAGUGGCCUAUGUGCUGCAGGCAGCUUUCAAGAAGCUGCAAACUUCAUUGAUGAGAUGGUGCUAGGUGGUAUUUCACCAAAUCGAGCAAGUUGGAGCCUUCAUGUUAGGAUGCAUAACAUGGUAGUCCAGGGUCUUUGUAAUAAUGUUGAUCCACUUCGUGCAUUUCAGUUGUAUCUGAGUAUGCGUACUAGAGGCAUCUCGGUUGAAGUUGGCACUUUUGAUUGUCUAGUCAAAUGUUUUUGUAAGAGAGGAGACCUGCACAAAGCUGCUCGAAUUAUUGAUGAGAUGGUGUUAGAUGGGUGCAUUCCAGAUGAACAAAUAUGGAAUGUUGUAAUUGGUGGACUUUGGGACCGAAAAAAAGUGAGAGAGGCCACUGAGCUGUUGCUGGUUGAGCUGAGGCAGAAGUUUGUUGAAACUGAAAGUUGAAGUCCGUGUUUCUCACAUUAUCCACAUGCAUUGCAUUCUUACUGAAAACCUUUCGUAUCCGGUGGUCUUUUUCUAUUCUAGAAGGUUGUUAUUAGUUGCCGGUUAGGCAUGUCAAUCUUGCUUGUUUUUUAUUUAGUCUCGAUUAAUUAUGUGCUCUGUCCCUUAAUGGCUUGCUUGUUAUUUGCUAGUAUAGUUUAGCUGUCUUUAAAUGCAAUGAUUCAUCACGUCAUCCACCAUCAAAACAUAGAAAAAGAAGAGAUUCUUCGGUAUUGUUGAAGAAAAAAGCUUUCUCGGCUCGGCAAUUCCUGUAGCUUUUCAGUGAAUUCUAGGAUUCUAAAUUACCCAUUUCUUUUGAUCUGCUUCAAAGAACUUCAACCAUUUAUCAGUGGAAGCAACAAUUAGAUGCUUUUAUGAAAAUUUUGACAUUAUUAUCAUCUGAACCUGGAUCUUAGAUGGACAACCAAAUAUCCUCUAAUGUGCUGCCUUUUCAAUUCAUGAUCUCACUUCAUCUCAAAGGGUUGACAUUUUCCAAUGAUCAGUGUCUCUGUGAUCUGAUGGUUUGAGCUUCAAAUUGAGGAAGUAAACAUGUGGUGUAAGAUUUAAAACUAAGCUUUCCUUGGGGGGCGACUUAACAUUUCACACAACCCUGCUCUGUCUGGGCAAGGUAAAUUCAGGUAAUUGCAAAAUUGAUUUGUUUUGGUCGAACCCAUUGCUCGUUGAUGUUGUCAGUUCCUAGAAAACUUGCUUCUCAGUCAGUUUAACAAAAUUUUAAAAGUAUUCUUUAGUGCUCUUAUAGUGUAAUCAUUAAGAUUUUAGUUGACAUUCUUUAUUUGCAGAUCGCAAUUAUAUAACCUCAGGCAUUAAUAUAUUGGAAUUUCAUUUAAUGUUGGAUUCAAAAUCGCACAUAUGUUAAUUAAAGGGGAGAUGUUCAUUACUAGAUAGCCACUUAACGAGGAUGAGUUAUCAUUAUCACUGGCUUGGUGAAUGAUGGCUCUUGAAUAUUUAUGAAUUCGAGCUGAAUACUAUCAAGUUUUUCUAGUUGUAUACUUCUAUGUCUGAAUUAAUCAGUAAGCCCAAAUCAAAUAUAAGACAAUUUGUUUUAGGUAAGAUUCAAGUAGUUGAGAAGUUGCUCAAGCAAUAUAUUCUCCGUUAAAAACGAGGACUUGGUGUAAGCUAUUGUUUACCUGAUCAACAGAGUACUUAUAAGGUUUAACAAAUGGAUUAAUCAAGAACUUCUAAUGCUUGGUUUAAGUCAGCUUUAAAUAUAUUGAACUUUUUUUGUUUAAUAAUAUAUGAUUUAAAUAAUGAAUUUCGAUAGAUAUAUAUGGAUAUGUGUGUUUGUGUGAAUAAGUUGUUCUAGAAACAAGACAUAAUCAAUCCAAUAAAAUUAUUGAAAUAGGUAAAAAAAAAUUGAAUAUAAACAGAAGACUAUUAAUUUGGUAGAAUGGGGAAGUCAGUUCCAUGUCUCUGUUUAGGAAAUGCAACAAAGAACACGAUGCCCAAAACGUCAAUUCCCCUGGCAAUGCUGUGAGGAUUUCCUGUAUCUCAGCUGGGAUGUGGAAAGAGACUAUUCAUCACAUUCUGAUCAAACACAAUUACUGCAACCACCAAAACUGUCAUCACUGCAUGCAUGAAAUGUAUGAACUUUAUUCGAUAUUUUUCUGCGAGAUGGGGUGGAGUGGAAGGGUGGUUGAUCCAUCAAUGACAGAUAUUCCCCUUGCUGUCUCUGAAGUCAUCAGUUAAAACAUAAGCAUGAGUCACCAAAUAGAGAUACAAGUGCAGCAAUCAAGGCCUUGCUGACAGAGUCACAGUAGCCACUAUUUCUGAAGAUUGGAGAGAGAAGUUGGAAGGCAAGGACUGUGUCAGCUGGUAAAAGAUUGGCCAAAUGGGCAGGCUCUAAAAUGUUUGGCUACUGACUUUCUUAUUUUUAUGGAUGAUAGUGCAGCAGUCAUGACAUUGCUGGCAGUGUCACAGUCGCCAAUAUUUGUAGAAAGUGGAUUGCUACCAUCUGUUCUCAUGUUCUAUAGCUUCUCUACUUUGAUAUACUUUUGAUAUCAUAUAUAUAUAUAUAUUCUUGGACAUGUUUUCACACAGUUCUCUACCAGUGUUUGGAGAAACUCAAUUUCUUCUAAAAGGAAAAAAAAAAAGGUUAAGAAGGAUCGGGUACCUAGUGCGGCAUGCAUUGGUGUGGUCUAUUUGGUCACUUUGCUCGACUUUGUUAAUUUUCAGCAAGCUUGAUCUUUAUUUGGUGGAUUUGUUAGGGUUCAUCUUGGUCUUGGUUAAAAUUGUUGGUUGGCAGAAAACUAAUUUCUUUUUCAGAUUGGUACAUCAAUCCUAUAUCUUGGUGCCUUGGUGUUACCAGUUAUGGAAGGUGGAGGAUAACAGUGGGGCCUGUGGCAUUACUAGUAUGAUUGCAUGAUGUUGAUUGUUUGGAUUAUUCUGUCUUGUGUGUAAGGAUAUUUAAGUGGAAGGGCCUCAAGAUUUUCUGUGCUAAAGCAGCACAGAUUUCCAUGUUAUGAACAUAAUUAUUAUUUGAUACUGCAUUAGCAAGUA